AUACCGUCUACUAUCUAGUCAACGUAGUAGGUACAUAACUAUACAAAUUCACGUAGUUUAAUACAUUUUUAUUUGAAUUAAUUAUUAGUUAUUUUACUUUCGUAAAGUACAUAAUAUUAUAAUUUAUAAUAUAAAUAUACAACUUAAUUUAGGUUUUAUAUUAUUCUAUAAAUAAUAAAAUAAAUAUUAUACCUAAAAGUACAUACAUAUAUUCUUUACUAUAGAAUAUUCAAUAUUCGCAUAAAUAAAUAUUAUUAAAAGUCGAAUUUACUUUUAUAAAUAAAAUCAAAAUGAGCCGAAUGAAAACGUUGUGCGCUAUGGAAUCAUUGGUAGAAGGUGUUCCACAAAUUAAUUUCAUCAUCUGCCCAGCUGAGAUUGAAGACUGCGACCAAAUCUAUGAAUUAGUUCAAGAAUACUAUUCCGAAUAUGGUAUACCAAGCAGCAGACAGUUGAACAAAGACACUUUCAGAAGGGACGGAUUCGAAUCUCAAAACCCAAGUUUCCAAUGUUUCAUAGCAAAAACUAGAAAAGAAGAAGACGUUAUUAUUGGAUUCGUACUAUGGUUUCGACCGUUUGAGAACACGACUGGCCAACGAGUGUUCCUCGAAGCACUAUACGUUUCCAAACCUUACCGACAGAAAUACGUCGAACAAGCACUUUUUGAGAAAACGAUUCAAAUCUAUUGAUUGGAGGUGGACGAGUUAUCAAUCGCCCUGCCGCCGCUGUGUUGUAACCAUACUGACUAUAUAUACAUCAACGCGUCUGCAGGCCCAAAUGCCCAAUGCAUAUAAUGUUAUACAUAUCAAUAGCAAUAAUAAUAACAAUAAUAACUAUUAUUAUCCUCGUCGUAUAAUUGUAUGCUAUUAAAAAUCCGCUGCGUUAUCCAGAAAACGGAAAAUUAGGACAACUGCAAACAGUGGAGACUGAAUAGAAACGAAAACAAUAAUUAAUAAUAAUAUUAUAUUAUAUUCCUAUCGUUAUAAUAUGUGUUGCGGACGUCUACCGCGAAAACGGAACUGUAGGUCUGUAGCGGAUUACCCAAAGAUCGAAAGCGGAAAUGAGUGUCCCCUUAAAGGGCUCAUAGAGAUGACCCAGACUGGUCCCCUGUCACACGCCACCUUAAAUUAAAAAACACCGUGCCGCGUCGAUACAAUAUUAUCUAUUUAUCUACAUACAUUGUAUCUAUUAUCACAAUAAUGACAUUUUAUUACACGACGAGCUGCUGUACUAUAUUAUUUUAUUCGUCCUCGCCAAGAACGCGUUGAGAUUUGAUUAUCUGGUGACACUUUUUUGAACGGAUAUUUCUAAUUCAGCCAUACCUACUCACCCAUGGCGAAAUGAAUAAAUUUAUUUUAUCAAGGAUCCACCUCACGGAGGAGACGUAUAUCUUUAAUAAAAAAUAAUUUUUAUUUAUUUAAAAUAACUUCCCACGACUUAUGAAAUUGGAGUCUGUCUAUAUACGGUGCACUCGGUUCCCGCAAAUAUUUCAUUAUCACAUCGAUGGAUCACGCCGAAAGUUGUCGACCUACAAAUCUCAUAUUUUUUAAUUGUUGUUAUUACUUAUUGUGUUAUUGAUUUAAAUUAUAAUGCGUAAUAUAAAUAUAUGGAUGAAAUCGAAUUGUUUCAA